AUGCUUUCUCGUGUUCUGUUUACUGUGGCUGUUGCCGCUUCUACCGCCAUGGCUGUCGCUCUUCCCAAGGAGAUCACUCUUCCUAACGAAAUCGUGCCUCAGGCAGUUGUUGCCUCCUCGGAUGAGGUUGAGAGAAACCCAUGGACACUCGUCUCUCCUGAUGGCACAUGUGGUGGUAACACCAAGUACACUUGCGUCGGUUCUCGCUUCGGUGACUGCUGCAACACAUACGGAUUCUGCGGUAUCACAGAUGCUUUCUGCGGCGCAGACUGCUUUAGCUUGGCUGGACUCUGCAGCGCCGACAUGCAAGGCUCCAACACCGUCGCCCGCCCCAAGGCCACACACGUACCCUGGAAACCCACUGUGCACCACGAUCCUCACUUCAAGCCCUCUUACGUGAUCGACAAUGGCGAGAGAGCCCCCAACCAAGUCUGGUCAUGA